GAUUAAAACCAAAACAGCUGUUUAAACUUGUUUGCUCAAUUACAUUCUACUAUCAGUUGAACAGCAUUAGCGAAAAUGUUAUUUAAAAUUAUUGUCAAUAGGCGUCCCUUAUUUCAAAAUUCUUUAUUUCUACAGAAGCGUUCGGUAGCAUAUAUACAAGGACAGGAGCCGGAACCAAAGAUACGAGAAUAUUUUUACUAUAUCGAUCAUGAAGGAAUGCUUUUCUUGGAUGAUGCAAAGAUGAAAAAUUUCACUUCCUGUUUUAAAGAAAAAAAGUUCCUGAAAUUCUUCUUCGAUCGUGUCAAAUUUAAUGAUACAAAACGUUAUCGUACCGAAUUUCCCUACCUGUCUUUGUGUGGUCGAGAACGUAACUUUAUUAGAUGUGAUGAUACUCCCAUAGUUUUCACACAUGUUGUGGAAGAUAAAAAUGGCUUGGAUAAACUGCAAUACAAUCAUGCUGGAGAAGUUUUACAAAUUGACUUUCAACCUGAUAACAUAUACAUGAACCCCGAAACAGGAAGAGUAUAUCAUCCUUUUCCCAAAGAAAGAGUAGGAGCAAUUGGUUUAAUACGCUCCAAACUCUCCAUAGAAUUAAGUAAAUAUUUUGAAUUCGAACAGGGCGAACAAAGUGGACCUUCACACAUAUGGUGGAAGGAUAAAAAACAUUUAUUACAAAAUAGUUGGGUUGCUAGUACACAACGUUUUGGGGUAAACUCCAAUAAGGAAAUACAAUAACUAGGUAGGUAGCGUUCUAAACGUAAUUGCUUGUAUAGUCAUAAUAUUUUGUUUAAACUUCUUAGAAUUUUAUAGUUUAUGGUUAAAAGAAAAAAUUGUAAAUAUGUAAAAAUAAUGGGAAGAAAAAUAAAUUGUAUGCUAGUCUAUACUUAAA